GCGUGCCCUCUGGGCCUCCACUUCCGCCGGAAGUGGGCUCCCGCCGCAGGUGCCCUUCCUAGGUUGCACGCGCGGGCUCCCGCUACCUUGUACUCUGUACAGUGGCGGACCACUACAAUGGCGGCGGCCACCAUACUGCGCGCGACGCCCCGCUUUAGCGGUUUUUGUGCUAGCCCGACCCCCUUAUUGCAAGGUCUGUUGCGGCCGCUGAAAACUCCGGCGUUGCCCUUCUUCUGCCGUGGCCUGGCGGUGGAAGCCAAGAAGGUCUACGUGCGCGACAAGCCUCAUGUGAAUGUGGGUACUAUUGGCCAUGUGGACCACGGCAAGACUACACUGACCGCAGCUAUCACGAAAAUUCUAGCUGAGGGAGGUGGGGCUAAAUUCAAGAAAUACGAGGAGAUUGACAAUGCCCCUGAGGAGCGAGCACGGGGCAUCACCAUCAAUGCGGCACAUGUGGAAUAUAGCACGGCCACCCGCCACUAUGCUCACACAGACUGCCCAGGUCAUGCAGAUUAUGUUAAGAAUAUGAUCACAGGCACUGCUCCCUUGGAUGGCUGCAUCUUGGUGGUGGCAGCAAAUGAUGGCCCAAUGCCCCAGACCCGAGAGCACUUACUACUGGCCAGACAGAUUGGGGUAGAACAUGUCGUGGUGUAUGUGAACAAGGCAGAUGCCGUCCAGGACUCUGAGAUGGUGGAGCUGGUUGAGCUGGAAAUCCGGGAACUGCUUACUGAGUUUGGCUACAAAGGGGAGGAGACCCCUGUCAUCGUAGGCUCUGCUCUGUGUGCCCUUGAGCAACGUGACCCUGAACUAGGUGUGAAGUCUGUGCAGAAGCUGCUGGAUGCUGUGGACACUUACAUCCCAGUUCCUACCCGGGACCUGGAGAAGCCUUUCCUGCUGCCUAUAGAGUCAGUUUACUCUAUUCCUGGCCGGGGCACCGUGGUGACAGGUACACUAGAACGUGGCAUUUUGAAGAAGGGAGACGAGUGUGAGCUCCUGGGACAUAGCAAGAACAUUCGCUCUGUGGUGACAGGCAUUGAGAUGUUCCACAAGAGUCUGGAGAGGGCAGAGGCCGGAGAUAACCUUGGGGCCCUGGUCCGAGGCUUGAAGCGGGAGGACCUGCGGCGUGGCCUGGUCAUGGUCAAGCCAGGUUCUAUUCAGCCACACCAAAAGGUGGAGGCACAGGUUUACAUCCUCAGCAAGGAAGAAGGCGGCCGCCACAAGCCCUUUGUGUCUCACUUCAUGCCUGUCAUGUUCUCUCUCACUUGGGACAUGGCCUGUCGGGUCAUCUUGCCUCCGGGGAAGGAGCUUGCCAUGCCCGGGGAGGAUCUAAAGCUCAGCCUUAUCUUGCGACAGCCAAUGAUCCUAGAGAAAGGUCAGCGUUUUACCCUACGAGAUGGCAACCGGACCAUUGGUACUGGCCUUGUUACUGAUACAUCAGCCAUGACCGAGGAGGACAAGAACCUCAAGUGGAGUUGAGUCUGGACUUUUGCUCACGUUAUCUUGAGUUUAGGACUGCCCUGGCCAGUCUUUCCUCCUGCUUUGGGUAUCCUGAGGGCAGAAGCUGCCACCAGCAGAGUGCAGCCAGAUGGACACUUCCCCCUGGUCAUAGAGGUGGCCUGAUAGACAAAGUAGGCCAAUAAACUGUUCUGUGAAUAGUAA